UCAAAGAGACUUCCAUCGCUUGUCAAUAUUAAGUCUUUAUCAGAAUUCGUGCUUUUCGAGCUGUGAUAAGGCAACUUCCGUGAGUCAGCGCGAUAAAUUUCUGUCUAAGUUUCAGUGAAAUUUUGUCUCUGGGUGUCUGUGAACAUAUUUUUGUGCAAUGGACAGUGAAAAUCUUCAGGAAAAUUGUGAGGAAAAGGAGGAGAAGAGCAAGAAAUUGAAUAUAGAAGAAGAAGUUGAAGAAAUCACGUGCCGAGCUAAACCAGGCGAGGAAAAGUUGAAAUUUACCUCAAAGUGGGUGGAAGAGAAUGACUUUGAUUCUUCCUCAACUACUGACCAAUCCAUUGCCGAUGAGAGUACAAUUUAUACAUCGUCAGUGACUGAGAGUGAUGCCUUCUCAGACGUUGCGACGCGCUUCUCAUCAGCCAUUAACCUGGACAUAACUGAUGAAGACAAAACCACCACAAUCACCUCCGGAAGCCACAAGAUCGUCACUCUGGAUGGGGACAAACCCGUCCAAGUGAGUCAGACGGAAAUCCUUCAGCACAUCUUCAAAGGUGAAAGCAACAUUCAGACUUUCGACAAAAUUCAAAUUGAAAAUUCAAGCAGGGUACACAUAGGGAACAUCACCUACGUCACAGGACCCAUCCACAUCACCACGGACAUUGGGAAUCACAGUCAGGAGAGGAAGACCUCUCCUGCCCCUGACAAUUACGAAAAGAUCGAAAGAAAGAAUCCAGAUCUCUAUAUAGGCAACAAACAGCAACGCCUCCCCAACGACGAACCGAGAAUUGUAGACAGACGCUCAUGGCUGGCCCAACCACCCCUGGAACCUCCAGUCUACGUCACAGAGCCCUUCCCCUAUGUAAUUAUCGCUCACACGGCCACGGAAAGUGGCUACAAUCAGGCCGAAAUGAUCUACAUGGUGAGGAUAGUUCAGAGUUUUCACAUUGAAUCGCGAGGAUGGGAUGACAUUGGAUACAAUUUCCUGAUCGGAGGAGAUGGAAAUGUUUACGAAGGACGCGGAUGGAGGAAAAUGGGUUCUCACACCUUUGGUUACAACCGAAAGGGAUUGGGAAUAAGUUUUGUGGGAACCUUCAUGAAUAUGCUUCCUCCUCAAGUCAGUCUCGAUUGCUGCAAAUUGCUCAUUGCGAAAGGAGUCCGCGAGGGAUACAUUGCCCCAGAUUAUAAACUUCUCGGUCAUUGUCAGUGCAUCCCAACUGAGAGUCCGGGAAAGAUGUUGUACGAGGAAAUCAAAAAGUGGCCUCAUUAUUCAGAAACCAUUUAGGAUUCGACCAAAUUUAGCAGAAAAUACCAAAAUUAAAAUUAUUGGCUCAGGUUACAUCUUUUAGAUCUGGACCAUCUGGACAAUUUUAUGAAAUCAAAAUUCACAUCUUUCUUUCACAAAAUGUUUCACAUAUGUCUAUCUCAUUCUUUUGCACUCUUCUUCUUCUUUUGAACGCCACAACAAAUUGAAUUUAGUUUAGCGGAUUGUAAUGCCUCCGGCACGCCUUUUAGAUCGGUAAAAUUUAAUGAAAUCAGAAUUCGCAUCAUUUUUUUCAAAAGACUUCCAUAAUUUGGAGACUUUCGACUCCAAAUUGGACUGAACUAAAUUUAAUUUAGUGUGAUGUUCAAUAGAAGAAGAAGAGUUCAAAAGAGUAGGAUAGACAUACGCAAAACUUUCAAGAAAGAAAGGGAUGUGAAUUUCGAUUUUAGGAAAAUUUUCCUGAUCUAAAAGAUGUACCGGAGUCAUAAUGGCUCCGGCACACCUUUUAGAUCAACAUAAUUUCAUGAAAACAAAAUUCACUAUCCCUUUCAUACUCAAACGUUUUGCAUAAGUUUCUCUUACCCUUUCGCUCUCAAAAUUAGGUCGAACUAAAUUGAAUUUGGUGUGAUGCUUAAAAGAAGAAGAGUGCGAAAGAAUGGGAUGGACUUAUGCAAAAAGUUUGGGAAUGAAAGGGGCCUGAAUUUCGAUUUUAUGAAAUUUUCUUGAUCUAAAAGGUGUGCCGGGGCCAUAAGGAAGGAAAGUGAAUUUUGAUUUCACGAAAUAACCCUGAUUUAAAAGACGUACUGACAGUAAUGGCUCCGACACACCUUUUAGAUCAGGAAAAUUUCAUGAAAUCGAAAUUUGAAACGCUUUAUUUCUCACAUGUUUUGAAUAUGGCUAUCUCAUUCUUUCGCAUACCAAAUUCUAUUGAGCAAAAUUGAAUUUGGAGUGAUUUUUAAGAGAAGAAGAAGACUGCGAGAGAAUGAAAUAGACAUAUUCAAAACGUGUGAGAAAGAAACGGAUCCGAAUUUUGACUACAUGAAAUUUCCUGAUCUAAAAGGUGUGCCGGAGGCAUAAGGUUAUAAUUUUAAAUUAGACGUUAGUUUUAGUUCAAAAUUUAGUAUCUUUAGUAUUUUAUUUAAAUUAAAAAGGUUUUUAACCAAAAGUAUUACUUACCUCAAACGGAAGAAUGUUAAUAAAAGUGAGGUUAUACCGAGUUUAACCUUACAUAUUAUAAAACAUUUUAUAGGUGAUAACGUUAUUUCUCAAUUAAAUGCAAUGUUUAUCUUUUGUCAAAUUGAUUAAAAUUCAAAUGGUGAAAUCUUAUAAAAAAGAAAUAUUUUGAAAUUCAAAAUUGGUACAAAUAUUUGAGGUUAAGUUCAACAUAACCUCAUAUUUUCGAUUAUAAUUUUAAUGAAAAGAAAUAUAUUUAAAUUUUAGGCUCGCAAAAUUGAAUGAAAAUUCAGAAAAAUAAAAAUAAAAUACAAAUAAAAAAAUCACUUUUGUAAUAAUUACAGAAACACUUAUAAUGAGACGCGAAUUGAGGUUAGGUUUGUCAUAACCUCAAAUUUCAAAAUAUUUUUCUUGUAAAGAUAAACAUGAGAAGAGGGCUAGCAAAAUUUGAUUAAAACCUAAUAAAAACGCUUUAUAAAAAUCUUGCGACAAGAUUAUAGGAAAACUUCUAGAGAUUCCAACCCGAGACACCAUCGCACGCGCAACAGCGCGUUUCAAUAUUUUGUAGUAAAAUAAAAUGAGAGCAGAAAGUAGAUUUGUAAACAGUUUUGAACAUUAAAAAUAAAUAAAUAAAAA